AUGCGAAGGUACACUCUGUCACCGGCUACUGAGAACUGGGCCAGACAUGUGCGGGAGGCGGAUCGGGCCCAGCCUGCAUUGGCGAUUGGGUUCGUCGGUGCCACCUCAGCUGGCAAGAGCUGGCUGGUCAGCAAGCUACAAAGCGAAGGCGCAGCUCAACCAGCUCGCUUCGAGCAGAGCUUCGUUGGAGGUGUGGACCUGCAGUCGAUGACAUCCGACAUCAACCUCUACUUGGAUCCCGUUGAUCAAAUCUACUACGUGGACUUUGAAGGGACAUAUGGCACCUUACCCUUGCAGUACUACGCGGCCGACAUGGCCAAGGUGGUGCAGAGAUGCGCAGAUGUUGCAUCAUGGGAAGGAAAGCGCCGUCAGGUCCUCAAGGAGUCUUUCCAGCCAGCCGUUGCAUACUUGAUGUGUGACGUUGUGGUAUUUCUGACUCGGGAGAAAAUGGUCUGCCGGCGUGCCCUCGAGGAGUGCGAACAAUUUGCACGAGCUGCGAAUGCCAGGGUAUCCAGCGCGCUCCCGCCGGCACUGAUCAUCGUGCAGAACUGCUGCAGGCCCAGUGAGGGCCUCUUCGAUCCAGAGAAGUGUACAGAAGCCUUCCGUCGUGCCCACUUCAGCGCAGGGCGUUGGAAUUAUGAGGACCCUUUGGAGGGGAGCGGCCAAGUAAGCUCUGCAGCAGCCCAAUGGGCAGAAUACUUCAGGAGCAUCGACUGUUUCUGCUUGCCAGAUGAGUACACUUUCUGCAAAAGAAGUGGGUUUGACGGAGAAGAGGUAUGCAAGGACGUGCUAGCAAAGCUGAAGACUACGCUGAAAAUGCGGCUCCAGGAGGGGCUCCCUGCUCGCACGGAGAAUGGCGUUGCUCUCUCUCAGUUUCAGUGGUUCUCGGUCCUGUCCUCCCUUUGUGGGAUCAUCAAUGACCAGGAGACGGUUGCCAUGUCCGCCAUUUACAUCCACGCUGGUGCAGUAGCCGGUGGAGUGAAUGAGCUCAAGUCACUUCUGCUCCAGAUCAUGCACCCUAUGAAGCGGCCUGAUGUCGUGGAUCCAAAGGAUUUCCAGCUCAGGCUCGGCGUGGCCAUCGGCAUCAUUGCGCGAUUCGCCGUUCGUCAUGAUUUGGCUGAAGAUGAAGUCCAUCAGGUGGUAAGAUACCUCUCGAUGCUGUUCCCAUGUGGCGCCCUUGCUCCACCAGCAGUUGAACGAGCUGAUGGAAGCAAGGACCCCGUCUAUUGUGGCCAGAACCUGCUUUUCCACAAGGGGCUCCACCGAUCUAGCUGUUUGGUGCGAACAGUAGAAGCUGGGUGGUUACAGCACCUCAGCGAGUGGCUUCAAGGCGGCGUCACUUAUGCAUGGCCUGGGGAGUUCUUCUGUUUGGAAAGCCUCUCAGAGGCUUGCAAUCAAGGCGUCCUGGCCGCCUCAGUGCUCGAACAGGUCGAGGAGUACAAGGUUGAGAAAUGCUUGGAGGGUGUCUCUCCGAAGGUGGGCACUCCUUGGGUCUUGAAGGCUCACGGCAGUCUCUCUGCCAGCGGACUGAAGGUCAUGCAGGACGCUUCGCGGCUGUGUGCAGUGUGCACCGAUGCUGGCUCUGAUGCAACAAGCCUUUGGAAGCUUUGGGCUGCGUCAUCAGGUGACUUCCUGCCCGUCUGUGGUCAUUGCUACUCGAUCAUGGAGAGCAACGACCUGUGCAAGGGUGCCACUGUUGCCCCAGCAUCGAUAAACAUCAUCAGGGAAGGCCGAAAGUGUGAAGCCUGUGCGCAGAAAAGCGGAAGAGUCAUUGUGACCGAGGGGCAAGUGCCUAUGGAGAGCAGCAAAGCUGACCAUCGACUGCAGCCGUGCAGGUGUCUUGUUUGUCGGAAAUGUGCUGAGAAAGUCGCCUGGAACGAGCGGUCAGCAUGCCCAAUUUGUGGGAUGCGUGUGCAGUGGCUGGCGGACGAGAGGGCCUUGAUUGCCACGGGCUGGCGGGUGACCCGACCCACCACCAACAGGCAAGACAAGUGUGGGAUUUGCGUGAGUCGCGCAAAGUGA